AGGCGUUGGUUAGGUGUGUAUGGGUCAUCCGGGCUCCGUGUACAUUCCUUAGUGGUCACGUGACCCGGUGUUUCCCGCCAUCUUUGCCGCAUGUUGGUCUGUCUGGCUCCGGAACCCGUUGAGAGAAGACCUUAAACAGCAGCAGUAAUAAUGGCUGAUCCGGAGAAGGGAGCGCCAGCAACUGCGAUGGAGGAGGAAGUUGAUGAGGAUGAGGUGGAGGAGGUGGAGGACGAGGAGGGUGGUGGUGAGCGCAAGGAACUGGUUGACAAGCUGAUGAAGGACCCUCAGGUGCUGGCUGCCCUUCAGACCAAACUCCGUCGCUACCUUGGCACACCCUCGGGUUAUAUUAGUUCUUUACCUGUGUCGGUCAAGAGACGUAUAAAGGCCUUGAAAAAGCUGCAGCUCCAGUACACAGAUCUCGAGGCAGACUUCUACAAAGAGGUUCAUGCAUUAGAGGUUAAGUAUGACAAGAUGCACCAGGGUCUCUAUGAGAAGCGCCGGCAAGUGGUGACGUCCGAGUACGAGCCCAAUGAGGAGGAGUGCGACUUCCCCUCUGAUGAUGAGACUGAUGACGAAAAGAAUCUCAGCAAAGACAUGGAAGAGAAGGCAAAGAUCGAUGAGAAGGAGGAUAAGAUCCAUGACUUCGACGAAAACACCAAAGGCAUUCCGGAAUUCUGGUUAACGAUUUUCAAGAAUGUCGAUUUGCUUGCUGAGAUGGUUCAGGACUACGAUGAGCCUAUCUUGAAGCACCUCACAGACAUCCAGCUCAAGUUCCAUGACGAGCCCAUGGGCUUCACUUUAGAGUUCUACUUCACUGAAAACGAGUACUUCACCAACAAGGUCUUAACUAAAUAUUACGAAAUGAAGUGCGUUCCAGACAAAGAUGAUCCAUUUGGCUUUGAGGGACCAGAAAUCUUCAAGUGCAAGGGCUGCACCAUAGACUGGAAAAAGGGCAAAAAUGUUACAGUAAAAACAAUCAAGAAGAAACAGAAGCAUAAAUCCCGGGGUGCCAUCAGGACUGUCACCAAGACGCUGCAGAACGACUCCUUCUUCAACUUCUUCAAUCCUCCUCCAGUCCCUGAGGAUCCCAAUGAAGAGAUGGAUGAAGACACUCAGGCCUUGUUAACGGCAGACUUUGAGAUCGGCCACUAUAUCCGGGAACGCAUUAUUCCCCGGGCAGUGCUCUUCUAUACUGGCGAAGCUUUAGAUGAUGAAGACUUUGAAGAGGAAGAGGGAGAGGAAGGGUCAAUAAUCAGUUCAGUGUAGCACCAUAGCAUCUUCCAGAUUUUCAGGCGAAGAAGGAGACGAUGAGGAGGAGGAAGAUGACCCUGACUAUGACCCAUCGAAAGACAAGGCCGCCAAGGGUCAGCAGCCGCCAGAGUGUAAGCAGCAGUGACCUUCUGGUUGAGUGUAGGGUGUUUUCCUUUUACCUUGAGCAGCAGCAUCUGGGGCCUUGGUGUCAUUACCUAUUUGGUGGCAUUAAACAUUUUCUUGUGGAUUUUCCAUUUGGAUAUGUUUCUUCUAUAGCUGUAGUCAAAGCAUGCUAACUACUGCAAGGGACAGAUGUCAUUCCAAGUUUACAGUCUUCAAUGUCUGUAUAUAUUUCUUUUAUCAGUUUAAAAUUAUUAUUAGGACAUUUUUUUUAUAGGUGUCACCAGUAGCUUGUUGAUUUGAUGGAAGUGUUCUUGUUUUCAACAGUAGGUGUUGCCAUUAUGUGCAUUCUUAAUUAUUUGAAUACUCCAGUGCAGCUGGACCCCCAAUGUAUAUGAAUCGUUAUUGGAUGCAUAUAAAAGUUAAGAUCUGUUCUAUUGAAGUUUGAGAGAUUAAUGUCAUAUACUCCCUGACUAUUGUUGAGUUUGUACAAAAAGGUGUUCAGUACCAGGAUAAUGUUUAUAAUAGAUGUUACAGGGUCUUGGUGAGUCAGACAGACCUUGCUGUUGCCCUCUACUACAAGAGCAUCAAGGUUUGUUCGAAGAACACUUGAAAAGUUCUAACUUGUGAUAUGCCACUUUUGAUAGGUUCAUCUGUAACCACUCAAGAUGUUUAGACUUAAUAAUUUAGGAUUAUUUUUUUUUCUUUUGUCUGCAUUAUACAAGCUUUAACAACAAACUGCCUCUGUUGCAUGGAGUCCAGAUAGAAACAAAAGAAACAUUACCAUGGUCUGUAUUUAAUCUCAAUGGAUUAGUUUUUAUUUAUUUUAACAACGAAAUUUACGAAUUGCGUAGUGAAGAAAACAGGUUUCACGGUGUAACCAGUAAGCUUCAUAAAUAAAUGUAAUAGCUUUGUUACCACUGCAGCGAAAAUAUAUAUAUUUGCUCCUUUUU